AUGCUGCAAAAAGUGUGUGGAUUUUUCUCCAAGUUUAACUUAGAUUGCUGCAGAAAAGACGUCGAAAUCGGUGAAUUAGUUACUUCUAAAGAAAAUGAUCUAGAUACCACAAAAUUUACUUCCCAAGAUAACAGCAGAUUAUUUAGCACUGUUAUAGAAGAAACAGAAGAAAAUAUUGACAAAAAUACUGCAGAAUCCAAAUCUAAAAGAUGUGACUCUAUUGGAACUUAUAAUACCAAUGCAGAGCUUCCAAACGAUAAAACUGCUGCUAAGCCCAACACUCCAAAAUUCAAAGAAGCUAAUGCUCCACAAAAAUCAACUGAAAAUUCUAAAAGAAUUGAUGAAAUGAAAAAGAAAAUAAAUCAACUGGAUGAUAAAAUAGAAAAAGCAAAAGAACUCCAGAAUAACAAGAGAGGAUCUAUUGAAUAUAAACAAAAAAGUGUAAAACAAUUAAUUUCAGAACUCGAUAAAAUUUUUGCAAAUCAAUUAGCGAAGCGAAAUGAAAAUAAUGCAGCUAGCCCUAUUGAGAUAGAAAGGCCUUUUAUUCCAAAAAGGAGGCCAAAAACCCCAGAGAACUUUGAAUUCUAA